GUCUCGGCCCCAUUCCUGUUCCCCACCUGUCUCUACCCUUUUCUUCCCUUUCCCUGGCCCUGCCAGACUCUGUCUCCCUGGGUGCCCGCCUCCCCUCCCCUGGAGGGCGGGGCUUGGCUGCACCCACGUGUGUUGGAGUUAUAUGCUCCCAGCCGGCAGAGGAGCUGGGGAGAGUGGCACCCAGCUGGUGGCUCAGGCAGCGAAGCGGCACCAUGGCCGGCAAGAAAGUCUGCAUUGUAGGCUCUGGUAACUGGGGCUCAGCCAUCGCCAAGAUUGUGGGUGGCAAUGCAGCCCAGCUGGCACGCUUUGACCCACGGGUGAUCAUGUGGGUGUUUGAGGAAGACGUCGGGGGCAGAAAGCUGACAGAGGUCAUCAACACACAGCAUGAGAAUGUCAAAUACCUGCCAGGGCACAAGUUGCCCCCCAAUGUGGUGGCUGUCCCAGAUGUGGUCCAGGCUGCAGUGGAUGCUGACAUCCUGAUCUUCGUGGUACCCCAUCAGUUCAUUGGCAAGAUCUGUGAUCAGCUCAAGGGCCACCUGAAGGCAGACGCCAUUGGCAUAUCUCUCAUUAAGGGGGUAGACGAGGGCCCCAACGGGCUGAAGCUCAUCUCUGAAGUGAUUGGGGAGCGCCUUGGCAUCCCCAUGAGCGUGCUGAUGGGGGCCAACAUUGCCAGCGAGGUGGCUGAUGAGAAGUUCUGUGAGACAACCAUUGGCUGCAAGGACCUGGCCCAGGGACAGCUUCUGAAAGAGCUGAUGCAGACACCCAAUUUCCGCAUCACGGUGGUGCCAGAGGUGGACACAGUAGAGAUCUGUGGGGCCUUAAAGAAUAUAGUGGCCGUGGGGGCUGGCUUCUGUGAUGGGCUGGGCUUUGGCGACAACACCAAGGCGGCCGUGAUCCGACUGGGGCUCAUGGAGAUGAUCGCCUUCACCAAGCUCUUCUGCAGUGGCCCUGUGUCCUCUGCCACCUUCUUGGAGAGCUGUGGUGUUGCUGAUCUCAUCACUACCUGCUACGGAGGGCGGAACCGCAAGGUGGCCGAGGCCUUCGCCCGCACUGGAAAGUCCAUUGAGCAGCUGGAGAAAGAGAUGCUGAAUGGGCAGAAGCUGCAGGGGCCCCAGACAGCCCGGGAGCUACACAGCAUCCUCCAGAACAAGGGCCUGCUGGACAAGUUCCCUCUGUUCAUGGCUGUGUACAAGGUAUGCUACGAGAACCACCCAGUAGGUGAAUUCAUCCGCUGCCUGCAGAAUCAUCCAGAACAUAUGUGAGCAGGGCUGGGGCCCAGGCCAGGCAGCCUCUUUACCCCAACGGAGACAGGCAGAAGCUUGGGGUGCCUGGCCACCACGAUCUCUGGGACUCCCCACACAGCAGCGUCUUCUCAGCUUUUCACUGGAGGACAGGUGCCUGUGGGCCCGGCCACCUGCCUGGACAUCCUGAAGCACAAGCAGCCCGCAGCCUCCUGCCACCACGUCGCACCAGAAAUGCAGUUGCCUAGUCCUUCUCCAUAUGUGGGGCUUUCUCCCUGUCCUCCUCCCAGAGGAGGGGUAGAAUCAGCCCCAGUGCUGCCUGCUUUGGGUAUGUGGGGGGAGGAGGGGAGGGGAGGGAGGCAAGGCAAGGGCUGCUUACUGCUGCCUCACACAGACCAGGACUCCUGUCCCCAAGCCCAGUUAAUGGCUAAAGAAGUACCUCAGCUGCAAGAGGGAUGAGGCAAGGGCUGCAGGGAGGGGUCUGGGCUUUUGGGCUGACAUAGACCUCUGCCAGGCCCCACAUGGCAUCAAUGGAUCUCAGUGUUUGUUCGCAAAAUACAAAGAUCUCAAACAAC